AUGUCAACAGAAAAGAUGGAAAAUAUUGAACCGCAAAAAAUUUUUGUUAAAUAUCUUCCCAAGAAUAUUACAGUAGUAAGAGUAUUUUUGUUUUAUAAUGAUAAGACUUAUGGAUAAAACAUUAUUAAAAUAAGUUAAACUGUGAUUUUUCAUUGUUCCUUUAUAUACAGGACGAGAUAAAAGCAUUUUUCAGUGUUUGUGGGAUAGUUUUGAAGGUUUAUCUAAAAUCACUUAAAUCACCUGAUCAGGGUAAACCGACCUAUAUAUGUGCGUAAGUAUUGGCUUAGUACCUGUGUGUGUGUGUUUUGCAUGCAUAGUACAGACACUGCCAGACAAAAUAGACAAUAUAUAUAUUUCUAUUAAUAUUUUCUGCAGAUUUAUCACUUAUGGAACACAAGCUGGAGCAGACCGUGCUGUCUCAGAGCUCAAUCAUAAAGAGAUGAAGAAAGGACAUAUUUCACAAAAACUUUCUGUCAUGUACUCACUUAAUUAUGAAGGAAGGUAUAGUUCAUAAAAGGGAAGGAACAAGAAGAGGGAGAAGAUGGAUGGAAGAAGAGAGGAAAGGGGGAAGGAAGGAGAAGGAAGAGAAAGAAGGGGAGAAAGGGGGAAGGAUGUAAGAAGAAAGGAAGGAGAAAGGAGGGAGCAUAGGCGUACGGGCCCCAAUUUUUAGAGAAUUUAUCUAUUCGGGCAAAAAUUGUUUGGGCAAUGACGGUCUGGUGAUAAGACAAAAUGAUAAUACAUUGAUCCAUAAUGCAGAACAGAAGUAUUAUUUCAACAAGUUCAGCUUUUACGGGUUCAAUCAUCCACUGUAAAUCUGUAAUGGCAACGUUUGUGUAUGUUUAUUACUACCAUAGAUCACACAGCUGGAUUCAAGCAUGUUGCAUCAGGUUAACCUUUAUUAGGUCAAGUAAAUGGCUAGAACAAAGGAACAAUUGCUAUGGCUAUAAAAUGUCACUACUGUAUUAAUGCAAAUAGUACUUUAAAGAACGAUAUGGAAGAGAUAAUUGACAUUUUUGGACAGUGACGUAAUCGUAAAUUUUAUUUCUUCUAGAUCGUAGAUUGUAGCAAUCUUAACUGAUUUAUCAUUUUGCAAAACUCAAUUCCUUGCAUGUCUAGUGCUAUACAUGGGGGAAUUUCAUAUGUCAAAUAAAAUGUUGUUACGUUAGUAACUUUCUCUUUCUUUGUAAAUCGUAAUGACUAUAUUUAGCUUAUAAUUGAAAUGGCUAGGGACAACGUAUUUCUUUUUAUAUUAAUCGUCAAAGGAAAGCCUUUCAUUUUGUAGUCUUCUGACUCUGACCCGGAUGAAGGAAGAGGAGAAAGGAAGGGGAGAGGAACCUUCUGAAAGUGAGGGAAGAGAAGGAAAGAUGGAGCAGGGGGGAAAGUAGGUGAGAGAAAAGGAUAGAAGAGUGGAGGGAGGGUUGAAAUCUGAGGAAGAAAAGAAGGGAAGUGGGAGGAAAGAAAGGAUGGAAGAUGAAGUGGGUUGAGGGAACAAUUUCACUACAUAAAAAAUAAAAAGUAUUUCACUUCUUUUAGGAAGGAAUUACAGGUAGACAACUCUAAAGAAAAGGUUGGAAUAUAUAAUUAAUCAUAUAACUGUUAUUACUGAGCCAAAAUUAGUUAAAUUUCUAUUCCUAUCAAUUUGUUCCCCUUACAAACUUGAGUAAUUCCUUGCCUGUCAUCAGUUUGUAAAAUUUGAUUGUUACAUGUAUAGUAGUGUUGAACGCUUAUCCUGUGAGAACCUUUCGUAAAAUUAUUAUUAAUGAUGGCUUUCAAAUAUUUGUUCACAGAAAGUUCCGAAUGCUAAAGAAUACCAAGAACUGUGGCUAAAAUGUAGUAGCAAUGCAGAAAAAAUAAAUCAAAUAUACAAUGUAUGUUAUGAUACAGAUUUGAUAUUUAUAUUUAUCACAGGGCUCGAUUCCUGCCAGAGAAUUGUGUAUAUACAUGCUUACAAUAACUUCUUGUGACAAUAACAUUUCUUGAUAAAAUUCUUCGAACAGAAAGUCAAUUCUUAGUUUGAUUUCAGAAACCAGAAGAGCAAAAACAAAUUGAAGAAUUGCGAACAAAGGUGAGAUAGUUGAUGAAUAAUAAACAAGGCUGAAUUUUGGCUGGACCUAAAUUUUGGCUGGAUAAUUAACUCUAUCAGUUCAGUUCUAAACUGUUUUUCCUAGAGGUCCAGUAAGGAUCAUCUCUUGUUGAUCCAGUGUUACUACAACUAAAAUUUUUGUGUUGUCAGAAAUGUGAACUUCAAGCAAAACAAGAUGAGCUUAAAAAAACUGUAAGUUUCGUCCUAAAUGUUCAUGCUGUGUUUGCCAUUACUUUGAAUUGAAUGACUGGGCAAAAUUACUGCUUUCAUUUAUUAAUUUUUAUUUUAGAACAAUAAGUUAAAAGACGAAAUCAAUCUCUUACGUCUGGAAGUUCAGAUUAAGGUAUAAAAACUAUUGGGAAAUAUAUGCAUUAUCAAAAAAACAUGGUCUAUAUCGUUAAUUAAUAUUAAUUUUGCAUUGUGUCCAGUUGUUGACAUUAAGUCUGGAACAAGUUGUACGUCAUCAUCUUGUAACAAGGUUGAUGAGGCUAACAUGCUGAUGCAGACUCGCACAACAAGUUGUUCAAACAAGUCUGAUAUUUUUUCUGUGUUGGUGUAAUCACUAAUGUUCUCAGGUGAAUAUGAUGCUUGUGAUGUUAUGUAGGUUCGAUUCCACCAUGGACAGGCGUAUUUUUCAAGCUUGCCCGGUGUGGAUAUACACUCAGAGUAACAUCACAAGCAUCAUAUUAUUCACCUGAGUACAUUACACCAACACAGAAAAAAUCAUGAUUAUUAGAUUACAUUGAUAUCGAAGGAUUACUAGAUUCUGUUCCGAAAUAUCACAUACUCGAACCGACCUGACCGCGUAGCUCAGUUGGCAGAGCAUUGGGCUAGUAUUCCAAAGGUCGUAGGUUCAAUUCCCACCGUUGACAGGCAUAUUUUUCAAGCUUGCCGGUGUGGAUAUAUACACUCAAGAGUAACAUCACAAGCAUCAAGUCUGAUAUUGUCUGCACGAGUGCACAUAACAAGUUGAUGACAACGAGCUCGUGACAACUUGUUACGAGCAGCCUGUAUCGGUCUUGUUGGAACAACUUGUAGCAAGUCUGUUUAAUUCCGUCACAUCAACGUUGUAACAAGGUGAUAUAUAUUAAACAACUUGUUCCAGACUUGUCACAAUAAGCAGUGCGAACACAUCCUGAUUAUCGGCUUGACAACAACCUAAAAUUGCGUUUUCUACGCUUUUUAUAGAACAUGGAUAUAAAAAAUACGAAACUCAAAGAAGCGCAGUGA